AUCAACUGUUGUAAGGGUAAAAUCCUGAAUAAUCUAGUACGAGAUAAAAUAUUAAUUAAACCCGAAUUCCCUGGAUAAAUGAGCUUUUAACCCUACACGAUCCCUUAAAUCUUUAUUAAGAGGACAAUAUCCAGAAGAAUAGUUGAGAUGGGAUAUCAAUCAAACCCGGAUUCCCUGUAAUUUUUGUUUCAUAAAAACUGAAGCAGCUACGGAUUACAUCAGGACAGCACAGACAACCCGGUGGAGAUCAACAUAAUCAAAAGCGUUUCUUUCAGUGCCAAUGGAGGCAGACAGGUUGAAUUCUCCAACCACGUCUGAAGUUACCCUCGAAGUCUUGGGCCACCAACUUCACUUCUCUCAGAAUCCCAAUUCCAAGCAUUUAGGAACUACAGUUUGGGAUGCAUCGGUGGUGUUUGUCAAAUUUCUGGAAAAGAACUGCCGAAAGGGAAGGUUUUGCCCAUCUAAACUUAAAGGAAAACGUGUUCUUGAACUUGGAGCAGGUUGUGGAGUUGCUGGAUUUGGGAUGGCAUUGUUAGGAUGUGAUGUUGUUGCAACAGACCAAAAAGAGGUCUUACCAUUGCUAAAGAGAAACGUAGAACGGAAUACUUCAAGAAUCAACCAGAUGAGUCCUGCUUCAGAUUCAUUUGGUUCAAUCCAAGUUGCAGAACUAGAUUGGGGAAAUGAGGAUCAUAUAAGGGCUGUUGCUCUACCUUUUGACUAUAUCAUUGGCACUGAUGUUGUUUAUGCUGAGCAUCUCUUGGAACCACUUUUACAGACAAUAUUUGCUUUAUCAGGACCCAAAACCACGAUUCUGUUGGGGUAUGAGAUUCGCUCUACCAGUGUCCAUGAGCAAAUGCUUAACAUGUGGAAAAGCAACUUUGAUGUGAAAGUUGUUCCAAAGACCAAGAUGCAUAGUGAGUACCAGCAUCCAAGUAUUCAACUCUACAUUAUGGGAGUGAAGUCUUCUGUUGUGAACGGUGAAAGUGCAGUUCAGGAAAGCAGUCAGCCAACUGAAGUUGGGACUAAUGAAACAAAACAUGAGGACAUUAUUAGUGAAAGUGGUAAUGUGGUGGAUAAGAGAGUUAAUUCUGUUGGUGAAAAUGAGGAGCAAGAUUCUGUGCUGGUAACUAGACUGCCAAAUGGGAAGCUUAGUGAUUGGGAAGUUAGGAGAUAUGGUUCAAUGGCUGCCCGGCUUCUUCGAGAUGUCAAGAUAACUUAAGGUUUCUGGUUUGGUAUUUCAGAUUUAUUUUAUGGAACUAUAUGCAUUUUUCAUAGUAGGAAUCUGGAUGCAUUACUUAUUUUCAUGGAAGAGUGGUGUGGCUGAGCCCCUCUUUUCCCAGUUAAGCUGUGCUGCUGCUGCUUCUUUUUUCAGAAAUUCUGUUUCUGGUGUUCACCGGAUAGUCAAUGCAUCAUUUAUCUCUUAUUGUCAAUAAUGACUGAUGUGAGAGACAAACAUUACAUUAGGAAGCAGCAUUCUAUCCAUUGGGGUUCAACAAAAAUGGUGCAUGAAGAGGUGGGUAAACGUGCUACAUUAAUGAAGUGAUCGCCUAACCUCGGUGAAAUGUGACCAGCACGGUAAUAUCACCAGAAUCAAUGUAGCUAAAAAUCAAAGGCUGCCUGCCUUUUUGAUAUGUAUUGUCAACCACACGAUAGCUCUGGUUCUUGUAUGUUAUUAUUGUAAUAUGAACAACUAUUGGCUUCCA